GAUCUUAACUGCUGGCCAGUGUGUCGUUGAUGCCGUGCUUUUCACUAUCCGCUUAGGAACGAAUAAUUUGGACGAUCCUAACGCCUUGAGACUGGUUACAGAACAUUAUUUCUUGCACCCAGAUUACAACCCUGAUACUUUAGACAAUGACGUGGGUCUUAUCAAAUUCCGCGAGCCCAUUCAAUUAUUUGAGACCCGUAAACUAUAUGUCCAGUGCAAAUCUUACAGCCUAUGUUACUGUUCAAGCUUCGGGGUGGGGACAAACCAGUGAUGAGGACGCUGGAUUGGUCAAUGAACUCAACGCUGUUUUUUUGGUGACUCUCAGUAAUGAAGAGUGCAGACUCACUUUUGGGAAUCAAAUUACUGACAACAUGGUUUGUGCUAGUGGAAAUUACAAUGAAGGAAUUUGUACGGGUGAUAUUGGUGGACCAAUUGUCCAGAAUAUAUAUGGUAUGCAUUUUCAUGUAGGGAUUGCGAGCUUUUUAAGCGGAAGAGGUUGCGAAAGUACUGAUCCUUCAGGUUUUACAAGGACAUCACCUUAUAGAACAUGGAUUAGUAGUAUCAUGGGUUUCUAGUCUGUAUUAUUGAUUUCAUAAAUUAAGAUACGAAAUGUAAUACAAUAAUUUACCCA